AUAAAUACGUUAUAGGUAAGGUAUUGAAAAGGGUUAAAAUAUAAGUUGCUUCGUUCCCCGUCCAUCUUCAAGAGCUGAUAAUAAACUAUUUAUUUACCCUCUUCUCUUACAGUUCCGAAACAAAAACAAGACUGUAAUUUUAUUAGAAAAAUCAAGAAAUAACAAUAUUCAAGAACUUCACAACUUACAAUAUAAACAGAAGGCGUGAGGUCUAAGAAGUUGCGCACUGUUGUAUAUUGGUUUAUUUCUAGCCGGCAAGAGCAUCAGAAAGUAAUCAAUGGCCAAGCUUAUCUCGUUUCAUGAUGUGGCUAAACAUAAGUGCAAGAAUGAUUGUUGGAUUCUCAUCCAUGGAAAGGUUUAUGACGUCAGCAGUUUCAUAGACGAACAUCCCGGCGGUGACAAUGUUCUCCUCGCCGUCACCGGAAAGGACGCGUCCACUGAUUUUGACGAUGUGAACCAUAGCAAUGAAGCGAAAGAGACGAUGAAGAAAUAUUAUAUAGGUGACGUUGACAAGUCAACUGUCCCGGUGACGGCGAAGUAUAUUCCACCGUGGGAGAAAGAAUCUACAGCUGAAACCACAAAAGACGAAUCUGGAAACAAGAUGCUUGUAUACUUGGUUCCUCUCUUGAUUCUCGGCGUUGCUUUCUUUCUCAGAUUCUACAACAACAAGCAGACAACUUAAGAACAAAUUGAACAAUUAUGUUGAGACGUGAGAGAAAGACCCAUCGCAGUGUUUCAUAAGGUUGUAUUAUUAUAUAGGUUUUGUGUGUGUAAUAAUGGCCUUUUCUUUGGCCCAUGAAUGGUGUUUUAUUUAUCUUUA